UAAGUCACUCAAUAAACAACAACAACAAGACCAAUGUGCGAAUAUUAUUAAAGAUUUCAGGUAUUCUGAAUGAACCAUGAGUAAAUCAACUGAUAAAGAUUUGGAUGAUGAGGAGUUUACCAUUGUUGUCGAAGGUAAAUCUCUAACUUGCCAGAAAAGUUUGUUGAGAGAGAAAAGUGAAUACUUCAGAGCCAUGAUGGACAGCUCCAUGCUUGAGAGUCAGACAAACACAGUCACCCUGCUAAAUCAAGAAUUCAGUGUACUGUCAAGUUUGAUACACUUUGUCAAAACUGGAGAGCUAAAGAUAAGCUGUGGAGGUGGAAAUAUGAAAAAUAUUACAGAAGCUGCUGUAAUGUUGCAGAUUGAAAGUGCCAUAGAGAGUUGUACAGCUUACUGGAAAAAGACACUGGAUCAUGAAACUUGCCUGAAUCUCAUGGCUUUCAGCAAGUUAUUGAAUCUUGAAAAUUUGUUUAGCUGUGCUAAAAGACACUCUCUUUAUUACUUUAGUCAAGUUAGACAAAGCAUUGACUUUCUGCAGAUGGAAGUUGAGGAACUUACUGAAUAUCUGUCUUGUCCAGACCUCAACUGUACCAGUGAAACUGAAAUAUUAGAUGCAAUAAUGGCUUGGUAUGCUCAUGAUAAGCCAGGCCGGAAAUCACUUCUAAAUAAGUUGAUACCUUGUUUCCAUGGUGAAGAUGUGCAACAAGAAGAGUGGGAAGCUGUUCAAAAUCAUAAACUAAUAAACGAAUCAGAGGACUGGAAGACUUAUAUAAACAAUAUUAAAGAAAAGGGCAAGGAGAUGAAACCAGAAGAAAAGUUCCGAAAUUUGCCAGUAAUAAUUCUGACUUUUGGUGGCUAUAUUGUGGAGAAGGGUUGUGAACAGCCAAGUACAGACAUCUGUAAAUUUGACGACAGUGAGAAAACCUUCAAACCUUUCCAUAAACUGAAAGAUAUCUACCCCGAAGUUGGACCCAAGAUGGGUUAUCAAGUUACAGUUAUUGGUAAGGAUGUAUACCUUAGUGGUGGCCAAUUGUCUAUGACACGUUAUUCAAUGGUCAUGGAUGUAUGGAAACUGGAUGGCUUUGACCUUCAGUGGGAGAAGGUCACAAAACUUUCAUCACCUCGGAGACACCAUGGCGCCUGUGGAUCACAGACAAGUUUGUUCAUAAUGGGAGGUUUUGGAAAGUACAGGGAUAUACUAGACACUGUGCAACAAUAUGAUACUGUUGAUGAUAAAUGGACAGACCUUCCAAAGAUGCCUCACACCUGGUUCACGCCACAAGCUGUAUGUUGUGAAAACAAACUCUAUGUUUAUAAAACACACCUCAUUUGCCUUGACUUGGUAACACUGGAAUGGACCACAGUCCGAAGAACACCUUGCUCUGUAGACAACAUGAACACCUUCAUUCCUUACUACUUUAAUAACUGUAUAUAUGAAUUCCCGUUUUUGGAUCAAGAAUUAGACUGGUUCUAUGAAUUUGAAUUGGGGAAGCUUCAGUUACAGAAAACUAGUCUAGAAACUGGAAAAUGGGAAGCAGUUCCAUACAGUGAUUCAAUUCAAUUUGGAAAUAGGUCAUUUGUUUGUAAUGGAAAGUUUUAUACUAUAAAUAGAGCAAGUAAUGAGUUUAUUUGUGGGUAUAUGCAAGACUUUAGUCUUUGUAAGGAGCUAGGUACACAGGGAAAGGCUGGACAGGAUUGCUUUAUUGUUGUUUUUCCUCAUUAUCCUGUUUAUAAGAUCAAGUCAUAAAGAUGAUAUGAAUAAAACUGGUAAAAC